AUGAUCUCUUCUCAAGGCCUCCUCGCUGUUGCUCUAGCCUUGACGGCCCCGCUAGCUGAAGCAGCUAUGGGACCUGCCUUCAGCACUGGCCCAGUUGGCUCUGGCUCCUGGAUUCGAGAGGCUACUUCCACGCUCACCCUUCCGAAAGCUCCAACAAGCAAGAACGGCGACACUUCGCUGUGGGUUGGUAUGGGAACCUCAAACGGGGAUUUGAUCCAGUCGAUAGCGGACAACUGGCAAUCGACAAACUGGGAUAUUUUUGCCUAUACACUCAAGAAGACGGGAGAUAACUCACAAGUGCCGAUCCAGGCUCCAGGCUCUACUGCAAAGCAGGGUGACAAGAUCACGAUGCACUACAAGUAUGACGAUGCCAGCGGGAACUACACUCAAUACGUAUCCGUCAAUGGCAACCAAGUAUCUACGCUUUCCACGAACGAUGGCCAUGCUGAAGGCUUCGGUACUGCUGUCGAGUGCGCCGCUAACGACUGUGGCACGAUCGGAGCACACACGUGGUCGGACACUCAGAUCAUAUUGAAUACCGCCGACCCGAACUACCGACAGACAAUGUACAAAGGGGCAGGUGUGACCGGGGACAUGUCUACAAGUGAUGGAGGCAAGACUUGGGUCGUGAGCACUAUCAGCAUCCCGCAAUUCAGCUUUGGCAGCUAG